GCGUGUAUGCUGGAGCGCCGCCCCGGGCUUGUGUUGCAGUUGCUUUUGUCUGGCGCCUCUUACCGGGACACAGUCUUCCUCAGCCAAGGAAGCACCAUGAUCGGAGCCAUGCCCGCGGUUGCCGUGAGACACGAGAGGAGACGUCAAGAGAAGCGCAACAAGCGACCGAGCUUGCUCUACCUCCAGUCGCCACCCAGCCGAUCUCCCACGCCCAGCCCGCUCCAGAGCCCGCCGUCAGUGCCGUGCUCACAACCGCCACCCGAGGUCUACGUCUGUGGAAAGGUGUCGGUGUUGCAUAUCGUGGUGGUAUCCCUGCUCUUGGCCGCCGUGCUUCUGAUAGUAGGACUGGUUCAACUCAAGCCCGGUGCUGACGCCUCCCAACACCGCUUCGUGCUGCUCGGCUCGGGAGCAUUCAUGUUGCUGUUCGGCGUGCUGCUCGCAAUGGUGCGCUGCUGUGUACUGCCUUGGGCCAUCAAGAGGCGCCAUCGCCGCCGGAUCCGGAAAGGAAGCGCAGGAGUCGCAGGACUGGAGGACGGUAAGCCCCAGCCGAGAGCGAGUCUGGAUGUCGUUCCUCAUGAGACGCCCCAGACUCCUGGGCCUCAGACUCCAGGGCCCCGUAGUCACUCGGGCCCUCGGGGAAGCGUGACCCAGCCCCCCAGCGGUGGGCCCCUCUCCCCCACUCCUGCACAAGCUCCUGCUGAGACUGCCUAAACUGCUUCCCACUUUUAUAUUCGCCAAAUCUCAUCGCUUACACGUCAUGCAGUACUCACUCUGCCAUCCGCCAUUACGUAACGAGUUCCUCUUUGGAAUAUAUUCGGUUUUGUUUAUUAUUUUCAACCCUGUCAAAUCAGCUGUGCUUUACAGCAUAUUGGAGCCAGCUGAUUUAACAUUUGUUUGAAUACAGCUGAUUGGAUAUAUUCACCUACAUUAUCAUAUUUUGUAACUUAUGUUAGUUUGAUCCGACGUUAGAUUAGUUGUUAUAGGAAAAUUUUGAGAAAAAGUCGCUGUUACUUAUUUUUAUAUGGAUCUUAAUAUACACAAGAAGUAUUAAUGUACAAAGUAUACAAUAACUUCAAAUGUCCACAGUUUUAAAGAGAAAAUUAACAUAUGAAUUUUAUUGAGUUAGCCUUAAUUUUAAAUAUACUGUAUAUGUCUAUUAUAACCUUUUAUAUCACAAAGCUUAUAUAUCACUUCAUUUUCCACAAUUCCGAUAGUAAAACAGUUGUGUGCCUUUAACUGUUUAAUUUCACAUUCCAAAUCAUACUAUUUACUUAGUCGAUCUAUUAAUUUCAAUCAUAUAUUUUAUUUUACUUUUUCAUUACUCAUUUUCCUAUGUGAUAUCAUUAAAGACACAUAAUGAAUAAUUGCUUUUCUUUUUAUAUCAUGUUAGUACUGUAAUUAAGUUAUUAAAUAUAAUGAAACUGUCAAAACUUUGUCUAAAAUAAACAUAUGAUAAACUAAUUGAUUAUUUUCACUAUUUUAUAGUUUAUACCCACUUAAAAAAUUAGUUUGUAGCAUAUUUUAAAUGAAAAUAUAAAUUACAACAGCUUAAUUUUAAAUAUACAUAUAUUAGCUCUUGAAACAUUAUUACCAUGAUUACUUUAAAAUCAAAUAAUUUAAUACAAAAAUCUGUUACUAUAUUUUAAAAUAUAAAUUAUAAAAUCUACAAAUAAAUUAUUGAAAACUUAUAAAUUCAGUAAUUAUGAAAGGAAUUUUGAUAAUCCUAAACUCUUGUGUUCUGCUAUUGCCAUUUGUUAUGUAAGGAUUACCAGUGUCAAACUUAUGACAGAGUUAUCCGGUUUUAACCAUGUCUAUUGAAAACUCCAUUUUUACCCUCUUAAACUGUUAUGAGAGGAAAACUGAAAUUACAAAGAGGAGAAGUAUUAUUCACUAAUAGUGGUUUCUCUCCUCCUCCUUAUGACAAGUUCUUUUGGAGGGAUUUCCUUAAUUUCCUUAAGGAAAUUUGAGUAGAUGUACAAUUUUUUGUAAAAACUUUUUGGUAAAAAUAUGAUAAAUUGUUAAAACUAUCCCCUCUUCUCUGGGAGGUUAUUCAUACUGCUGAUAUGGUGUCAUUAUACUCCAAAUCAUAGAAAUAUACUUUCAAAAUUUAAGAACUACUGUAUUGAUUCAUAGGAAAUGAAUAGUACACCCAGAGCCUGAGGUCUCCAAAAUGUUUAGUGUGUUUUAUCUUGUUUUUACUUUAAAAAAAACUAUGUUAUGAUGGUCUUUAACUUACUCCAAUAUAAUCAACAACAACUGCGCUAUGUUAUGAGAAACCAAGGUCUCGUAUUCUAACACUAUCUUGCAUAAAAAUAUUACAUUUAUUUCCAUGUCUGUGUUUGCUUUAUUUCAAGUAGCCACAUAAAAAAUUCAGUGGUUGUUGUCUAUUCAGUAUGGUAUAUGAAUUAAAAUAUAUAAUAGACACACACAUUUUACACAUAGUAAAACAUUUUUAAAUCUAUAUAUUUUGUAUAAAAUAAACCCAUGGCACUUCCCCUGAUUGAAAAAUUAGAUUUUCGGGUCUUAUAUUGUGCAGAUUCCAUAACCCUAUCAGUUCUAAAUCACAAAACGGAAUUUACAACCACACAAAAAUGUGAUACUGCUUACUGAUAGGAAUCAGUAAGCAGUAUAUAGGAAUCAGUAUGAAACUGAUAGGAAUCAGUUUUAUGAGCUUACAAUGAUAACUAAAUGCGAUACUGAGUUAUUAGUGUAAUUGUGUGUGUUACAAAUCUGGAACUUCAGAAAAGAUUUAACACACAGACCUCCUGCUGUAAUAACUGUUAAAAGCAAUGAUCAGAAGACCAGAUCAAUCAAAGCUAGGAUAUUUAUGGGCCCUAGCACUAGCAAAUUCCGUUUGCUAGCCCUUGUUACUCAGAGAAACGUGUAAGUUUGGAUUGUCUUUGUCUUGGAGCUUUGCUUCAAUGUCAGUCAGAAAGUUAGCAGCCUCAUGUACAGAGCUCUUUGUGGAUUUCUUGCAAAAAAUUAAUAGACAUUAUGAAAAACUAAAGGAAACAUUAGUUACGAGGCCUUGAUAUCUCUUACUAUAUCAGGGGUAUAUAUUCAAUUUACUACUACUUUCGAUGUUUAAAUAUAUAUAAAUUUUGAUAAUAUAAACACAUCAAUAUGAUUCACACGAAAAUAAAAAAUAAAAAUCACUGUGAAAGACCAUAUAUAAUUUUCUUUCAUUUGGAGUCUUUUCAAUUAAAAUUUAAAAUACACAAAAUAUUUGAAUUAUUCUUAACUAUAUUUUAUAAUAAUUGAGACCAUUAAUGUACUUCCUUCAUUAUGUACUUUUUAUAUUUAUUAAUAGAUCCCAUUACAAUAUAAAUUUAAUCAUUUUAAAGAUUAGUAUAAUAUACUUAACAAACCAUUUUCAAUUUUUUAAUGAAUUUGAUAAAUGCCUGUAGUUACAUUUAAUUAUAUGAUAUAAUCCAAAUAAAAUAAUACUAAAUAAUAAUAAUACAUGUAAAGUCUACAAAUUAUGAUAACUAACAGCUUGACCUGUCGUCCUCUUAUGCACCUUAGAUGUAAGUCUUAGCUCGAUAGGUUAAUUGUAUUAAUCAUGUUCUGUUGUCCUUAGUGAUAAUGUCCUGCCUUGCUCUCUAUUGUACAUGGUAUAGGGUAAUACAUAAUGGAUGUAUAUAUUUUGUAAAAUCGUUGUAGAUCAAAUAAUAAAAAUUAAAUUACUUAAAUAUUUAUCGUAAUUAUCUGUUGUAUGGUUUCAUCCAUGGUUUCUUGCAUGAAUGAUUUAAUUUAUAUAUUUUUUAAUGUGGGUUGUUUGAUAACAACCUUUUGUGCCGUUGGUCAUAUGUACUUAGUUGUGUUACAACACAUCAUUCAAUAUAAGUAUGCCAUUUAAAACCAAAUUUAAACCAGAUUUUUAAUUUAAUUUUUCACUUCUGUAAUGAUUUUGCUAUAUUAUUAUACAAACAUAUAGUAAACAAAUUAGUUGUAAUACACAACUACAAUUUUGAAUAAGAUAGGUAUUUUAAAUUUGUGUAUUAUUUUUAACAACUAAAAUUUCAAUGAAAAUUAGAUAGUACAUUUUCAGACCCAAAACGAUUACCAAAAUAUUUUAUUACUCAUUGUGAAUUGCCCUGUGUUGAGGAAGAAGCAAUCCAUUAAUAAUUUGACUCUUCCAUCAUUAAGCACAAGUUUGUUUUGAAAAUAGGUGUAUAAUCCAACAUCUGUUUUUUAUUUGUUAGUUGGGGUUGUUAGAUGUAAUGAGAUAGAACAUUUAGGCUUGCUAGCCCUUUCAUAGUGGCUCUAUAUUGGUUCCUAGCAUGCUAGUGUAAAGCAUGUUUGUUAAAAAGUCAAUGAGAAAUUUGUGCGAUAACUUUUGCCCACUUGCAGCCAGGGAUUUCCAACGUUUAUAUUUGCUGCAACACAAAAUGCCAAAACCUUCAGUAUGCAUCUACUAAUUAGUUGCUACCAACUUUAAGGCAAUAACAGCUGGUUGCACUGUGAAUUAAUAGAUAAAAGUGCCAUGUUUUUAUUACAUAAGAGAUAUGGUAAUCAAAAAGGUACCUAAAAUUCCAUUUUGGGGCUAGUAACAGAAAAUAUAUGAACAACAGUAUUUUAUUACUAUAAAGGGACACUAUGGACUAGCAAAUGUUAUUAGCAGCUAAACACCCAAAUGUGUAUUGUGGGAUUUUAACCUAUUACUCUCUAAUUGAAUUAAAUUUCAAAAUCUCUGAGAGAUUCAUUGUCCUUUCAUCAAACUUCUUGUUAAUAAGACAUUAUUAGUUUUAUAUUUAUUAAACUAAAACAGAUUUUUAUAUUUAGAACAGUUUAAAUAUUUUAUUUUAUAAAUUAAGACCUAGUGGGCUGGUUCUAAUUCUGGAUUACUAAAUCGAAACAUUUUUGUGUAUUAAUAAAUUAGCCUAUUAAGGAAUGAUACACAAAUUGCAAUACUCAUAAAAAGUAACAUUAAUGCUAUACAGUGAAUCAGAAAUUAAAUAUUUAUAAAAUUAAUCAAAGAUAAUUUCUUAAUUAUAUUUUUAAAGUACAUUUAAAAGUGGAAAAACAAGUUUUUACUUCUGAAAGUUUAAAACUUCAGCUAAAAUAGUUUGCAAAGCUAAACAUAAGGUAGCUUUAAAAAUGUAUCACAAGCAAGCAAUGUAUGUAAGCUACAACAUUUAACUGAAUUUUCAUUUUCAAAUUAUUUUGUGUAUCUCUUACUCAAAAUUGGUAUUUAAUAAAUCACAUUUAACAUUACAAUUGAGAUUGUUUAUACUAUUUGUGUUAAAACAUUUAGCUAAAUUUUAUAAGCAAAAUAGUUACCUGACACUGUAAUUACUAAUUUCCAGUGUUAAUUGUCCUCAAUUUUGAAAACAAUUACAUUAAAACUUUGUAACACGAUGUGCCACAAGUGAUACACCGCAAUUGUUCAAAGGCAUAGCAACUUAUGUUUACUAAAACUGUGUAUAAUUAAUCUUGUGCAAGUUUUUAAACACUAAAGUAAAACAUAUCACUAUUACCAAAUAUUGAAUCUAUUUCCUAAGUGUAUGUGUGCCACAAACAAAAUACAUGGUCAAGUGAAGUAUUUAUAUAGUUUCCUCAAUUUAACAAUGUUAUUAUCUACAUAAUAAAAAAAACCUAAGUAAGUUAUUAAGUUCUUACAAGAAGUGUUCAUUAUACUUAAAUGGCCCCUUAUGUUAUUUUUUUACAUAUUAUUCAUGUACAUUUAAUAGUUAUUUUACCCAUACUUUUCAAAAGGUAUGUUGUGGAUCACUGGUACUAUAUCUAAUAUUUAUGGUUUUUAUAAUAAUAUAAUUUCCAAAUUCAUAUGCCAUCAGAAUAUGUUUUUAUAAUUUAAUUACACUUUUUAAUUUAUUAAGGUGUCUACAAGUGGUGCACACUUUAGUUUAAAAGAAAUUCCUACUUCCUAUCUAAUUGUAAACGUGUUAAAAUGAAAACAUUUAGAAGAUGACAAAGUGUUUAAGCAAUAUAAGUUGUUUACACAUACGUUACUACAUCAAAAGCAAAAGUUAUCGCUCAAACGUUGCAGUGCUUCAGUUGUUGCAUGUUUGAUGUAUUCUUGACCAACCAACCGUGUUUGACAUUAUCAAUCAUAUGGCUGUGAUAAGAGAACUGUCUGGAGGUUAAGUUUCUUCAACAGUCAUAUUUUGGCAAAAUUAUAAAAACUCAUUUUAAAAGUCAAAAACUCCAUCAGUUUGGAUAGAUUGCUAUUCUACAAAAUUAUGUAAUUCUGAUUUAGAUAUGUCAGAUAAUUUAUAUACAAGAAAUACAUUAUAUUCUAGAAAUAACAUUUAAUUUCUCAGCUUGUCACAAAUGUGUUAGUUAAACGUAUAAAAUCUUUAGAAUCCUAAUGGCUAGAAAGCCUUCAUACAUUUGCUUUCUCUUGGUCUCUUCUCUUCAUAUAUAUAUUUGCAUAUAUCUUUAGCUCUAGCUUUCUGGUGGUAUGCAUCAUUCUUCCUGCCUUUACACCAAAGCUUUCUUAUAAUGUAUUCUAUUCUGUGGCAUAUCUUCAGAUUACUUCGUGAUAUAUCCUCACUUUUGCUGAUGCACACUACUUCUUGCUGUAUAUAAUCUUUUUCUUAUCUGGAAUGCCUUCAUAUUCCGUUAUGGUACAUUCCCUUUAUUCUUCUUCCAUACCCUUUCAUGAAGUGUAUCCUCUUUCUUAUCUGGCAUAGUUUCAUGUUCUUUGUGGUACAUUCUCAUUCUUCUUGUUCAUAUUCUUUCUUGUGGUGUACCCUGCUAUUAUUAUCUAGUAUGCUCUCGUGCUUCUUUUUUGUACAUCCUUAUUCUUCUUAUGUAUACCCUUUCUUGUGGUGUAUCAUCUUACUUUUUGUGGCAUACUUUAUUCUUUUGUAGUAAACACUCAAGUUUUAUUGCUUACUCUCAUUAUCUAUAGAGGUGUUUUUAAAAAUUCUUUAGUAACAUACCAAUAAUUUUCCUUUGACAUAAUAAGUUACAUGUAAAAUCUUUUUGUUGUUGUGUACCCUCAAGCUCUCUUGGGUUGUAUCUUUAUACUCUUUCAUAGCAUAUUCCUUUUAUUCUCUGUGAUACAUUAUAAUUCUUCUUGUGGCAUACCCUCAGGUUAUUUUCUGAUACAUCAAUGGCAUACUUUUACUAUCUUGUAAUAUACAGUAUGUUCAUAGUGAUUUGAAGCAUACCCUUAGGUUCUUUUGUAGUACAUCCUCAAAAUUAAAAUCUCUAUAUGGAUAAAUUGUUGGUAAACUUUGAAUUUAAUAACUGACACUCUGAUUUAAAAUUCAGUCUUAAUGGAUUUAUUCUAUUUCAUAGAUUUAACGAAAAACAUCAAUUGAGCCAUCAAUGAUAGCUGCAUCAGCAACCCUUGUGGUGAUGAACAAAUUACUCUUUCUAGGUAGUAUCAGGAUAUAAGAAACAAUCUAGUCACAAAUUAUUAAGACACUACAAAACUGCUAUUUCAAAGAUUAUAAUUUCCAGGGUAAGUUAUAUAAAUGGCUCUCCUUCCUGUAUUAGUAUGAUAAUUUCUUUCAUAUUCAGAUGACCAUACAAUAAAAAAUAAAUUGCUCAUAGAGUUAUAAGAAGAAUUUUAAAUUGGAGUUUCGUUUCAACACUGACCUAAUUAUUUCAUACAAUGUGAAUUAAUUACUCUUAUAUGUGAAUAAAAAAACAGCUGACAGCUUAACCUUAUAACCAUUUUAAUGACUUAACAACUGAACAAUGUUAUAAAAAUAAUAAUAACCAGGACUAUUUGGUAAACCUUUACAAAUAUAAUAUGAAAGAAAUCUCUAGUUGCAAUGAUUAUUGACUUUUGAUUGAGUUGAAUAUCACAACAUGGAUGGGAAGAAACAUAACCUCAAUCAUCAUAAAGAUGUUAGAUAGACCCGUAGAUAGAGAAAACCCACUGAACAGUGCCGUAACCACAAAAAACUUUGAGGUCCAGACAUUUAGUUCAAAAUAAUUCUUCUAGCACAAAGUAGCCAUAGCAAAUGAUACUGACUUUAUCAGUAUAUAGAUAAAGCUAACUUCUUCUGUUGUACAAAUUGGUAUACACUGGAGUAAUACUAUACUGGUUGAUAUAUGUUUUUUCAGCAACAUUAUCAUUGAAUUUAGUUUCCACUGGUGUUUUUAACAAUUUAUACAACAGAAAAAGUGCAAAUAAAAGUAGGAAAAAUAUUGAAUCAAAACAUGGUUUAACGAAUAAUUAUUUACUAUGCUCAAAUCUCCAUUAAAAAAUUAUAAAUACUGCUUUUAAAUAUUUUAAUCUAUAAUCCCACUAUUUGAAGCUUAUCUUUUACUUCUGGUACUAUAGAUUUUACGAAACUUUCUUGAGUAAUCUUAAUAACUACCUAUCCAUAAAUAGUUAAGUACCAAUUUAUAUUUAUUAGUCAAUAUUUAAUAAAAUUACUAUCCACUUAUUGAUAAUUACAGUAUAAUUAUAGACCAGUACGUUACAGUAUUUUCAAUUACAUAUUCUAAUAAAACCCUAACCUGUUACUGUAAUUGAUUUUUAUAUAAACGAUGUUGAUAUAACUUUCAUUAUUAUGAUGUUACACUAUGAGAAGGUUAUUAAUUUUGUUAUUAAACGCUUUCUUUUUUAUUAAGUAAGUAAACAGAUUAAAAACUGUUCUGUGAAAUCUUUUUUUCAAGAAAUAUUCAAUGGUAGGACAUUUUUUUAUCAUAUGCUGUUAAAAGUAAACUUAUAACAAUUGUUGUCAUGUCAUGAUUAGUUCCUGAGUAUUAUAAAACAGAUAUAUUUUUUAGUGAAUUGUUACAAACAAAUAUCCAAAGUUCCCUACCUUUAAAAAUGUGUUAAGUGGGUAUGUUUAAGAAAAAUCAUUUGGAUUUUUAAUGCUAAUACUUUAAUUACAUCUCCAAAUGUACAUAGAGUAGUGACGGGGCUAGAUCAAUGUCGACUCUCCCACUCAGGGAUGCCAACUGAUGUGUGGACAGAUGUUGUAGCCAUUUGUGUUGUUGUAGUGGUAGUAAACACAGUAGCCAACCUAACCUUCCAGGCCUUUUUUGUUUGUGGUGUUUUUAAUUUGGACGAUCGUUUUAAAUAUGAUAUCUCAAAGUUUUUGUAAUAUAUCAUAAUUAAAAAAUAUAAAUAAAAACUGUAAAAUUCACCCUUACAUUAUAAUACAUGAAUAUCUAUAAUUUUAUAGAUGUAAAUGUAAAUGAUAAUGAUGAAUAUUUGCUACUUUAGUUUAAGAUAUGAAAAUACAACCAAAUAUCUCUAUAAAUGUGAUCUUUAAUUAAUAUACAUAGUUUUAAACGUACAAUCAGCAUCAGUUCGUGUCUCUCCGGUUCCUGCUCCUCCAAAACACUAAAAUCAACAACUCGUUCACAAAAAUCAUACCCCAUUAUCAUUUAGAUGAGAAAGAUGCAUCAGAGUCACUUUACUAUCUCUCUCCAGUUCCUGUUCUUCUAAAACACUAAAAUUAAUAACUGGUUCACAAUAAACCUACCCCUUUGUUAUUUAGAUAAGAAAGAUGCAUCAGAGUCACUUUCCUAUCUCUCCAGUUCCUGGAGAGAACAACUAAAACACUAAAAUCAACAACUGCUUCACAAUAAUUCUACAAAUCAUUUAGAUGAGAAAGGUGUAAUCACUUUUCUGUCUGUCCAGUUUUUUGCUUUCCUUUCUUCUAGUUUUUGGAGAUGGCAUAAUAAGAAAUAAUUCUAAGUUUAGACCCAAGGAACUUCUCUCCUCCCCCAGGAACCAACUAUUCAUAAAGACAAAUUACAUUAUAAUAAUAACACAAGAAAAUUAUCACUGUUUUAGACUGAAGAAUUUCAAAUAAACCAUUUGUUAGGCUACUAAAUGUUUUAUUUCUUUUAUAAAAAAUAAUAAAUCUGUUAAAUUUAUUUUCCAGUUAUAUAGUUUAAUAUUGCCUUAACAUUUUCGUUUCACUAUUGAAGAAAUUAUAAUCAAAACAUUUGCUAUUGUAUUUGCCAUUUGAUAGGGUAGCUUUCUAAUAUAUACAUUCUUCAACAUUGGAAAUAGCUAUUGUUACCCCUAUAAAAUCUCUCUAAAAAAAGAAACUUCACUUAAUUUUUCAGGCAUAUGAAAAUUAGCUAUUGUUAUUCUUUGAAACCUAUACAUUUCAAAACUUACCUGAAAUGAAUGUUUUAAUAACCACGAUAAAACAAAAACCUACACAGCUAUUUUUGAUCAGACAAGUAGAAUCUACUUUUUUAAAUCAAGAAGAAAUCACAAAGAAAUGAUCGUCCAAUACGCAGUACUAUGAUAGAGAACAUGUUGACACCAAAUGUGUUACAUUCUUGUUUUAUGUUAUGUUCUGUGACGCCACCUUGGUUGUUGUACAUAUGCUCACAUACAACGUAUAUAACAUUUAUAUACAUAUAAAUAAAGCUGAAUAAGUCA